UUUGUGUGUGUGUAUGUGUUGGUGACUGUGAGUACGGAGGAGCAGCGGCCGCCAUUUCAGGGAGCUAGCCGACGCUGUCGCAGGGGUGGAUCCUGAGCUGCCGAAGCCGCUGCCCUGCUCUCCGUCGCGGGCUCCUUUAAUCCCAUUGUUUCUUUUAGAUUCGCUUGGGCCUAGAAGCCCUCGGGGCCCGAUAUUCGGGUUGGGCGGUACCGCGGCCUGGGCCUAGUGGCUUAACACUAGCGACAGCAGCGGCGGCGGCGGCGGCGGCAGCCGACUUCCCGAGGCGAGCACAGGCGCGCGGAAGCCCGCACAGGCGAGUAGAGAAAAUGGCAGACGAUAUUGAUAUUGAAGCCAUGCUUGAGGCCCCUUACAAGAAGGUGAGAAAACACGCUAGUGAGCUUUAAUAUAUUUCUUAAUUUAGCAUUAUUCACGAAACUACUGCUGAAAUGUAAACUAACCUUCCCGGAGCCCUCUUGAUUACCUUAUCAGAGAUGCAUUACGUGUAACUUACAAAAGUAAAUAUAUGCUAUUGAUGUAAUAAUAUUGUGCAGUAGUUUCACUUCAGCGUGAUGAAUAAAUGCCCAUCUAUCUCUCUUUGUAGACUUGCCUAACGAUAUCUCACCUCUACUCCCAUGAAUUCACCUUUGAUUCCAGUGUGAACUGUCAAUCAUAAGGUAGUAAUUGAGUGACUUAUCGCUGUACCGUGGUCCCCUAGGUAAAAUGACUCAGAAUUACCAGCUCCAGUUUGGUAUAGCAAAAAGGUGAAUGUAGUGGUUUGGGAAAACUGCAGGGGUCCAAGAAUAAUAAAUUACAACCAGUCUCUGGCAAGGAAAUCUUAGGAGUCUUGAAAGAAGAAAUGGGUGAGAUUUAAAUUUUAUUUUAUAUAAAUAGAUAUAAGACUGGUGAUAGUAAACCUGAAAACAGGCAGGUAUUGAUCUGCUUUUCAGUUAAUAAUUAUUAAGAUUCUUGGAUCCCUGAAUAGAAAUUGCCAAAAAAGAAAAAAAAAAACCAAGAAAAAGAACAGAAGAGAGAAAAGAAAAUAAAAGUCAAGAGACAGUAUCACAGCUUAGAGUCACUUGAUGACUGUUUUACUGUUCUCCAUAGUGUUUGUUUUUAAUUAGGCCCUACCAUAGUUUUUCACACUAAAAACGAGAAAGGAAGUAUUUUGGCCAGUAAUACAAUAUGACCCAUUUCGGUAUCACAGUAAAAGUCAGCACUCUUCAUUCUUUGACCAGUUGGUGGUGAAAAUAGCAGUGUGCAUGCAUGCAUUGUCGCUGGUGUCUCAGACCUUAAGCCUGGUAACUUAGAGAUCCUACUAUUGGUGAUGUGUUCAAACUGUGGAAUAAAAACAUUGCGCUUAAACCGUUUAAAAAUAAUACGUUUGUCUUGGAGUGUAGCACGACCAUGUGGUGCCUUUUGGAUGAAUUCUGAUAGCUUUAAAUAGUAUAAUUUUGUAAUGCUAGAUUCUUGAAACCAUACUUUCUGUUUUAAUGUUUCUUGUCUUAGUUUAACUUGGAUAUAAUUCCAUGUAAACAGGUAUGGAAGUAGGAAAUGUUUAGGCUGGACUGGUGGAUUAUUAAUUAACUUUUCUUGGGUUCUUGGGAGUCAACAUUACUAAAGCAGUGUGAAUCCCUGUUUGCUUCAGGGCGAGAUGUGUGACAGAGGUGGCAUCAAGCUCUUACAGUCCCAACCCUCCAACGGAAAUGGGCGAAGAUCUCAGGAAUGGCAUCGGUCACAGGAAAUCGAUAGUGGCUGGCUGCUAGCAUGGCCACUUGGGGCUUAGGCAGAAAUAGAGCCAUGGUACCGACAAAAGGGACAAUAGCACAUGGAAUAAAACUCAAAAUGACUUCAUGUUUCAUAGAAAUCUUUAACCACUUCAACAUUGUAAUUCCGGAUGACUUAUUUAAUACCUAAACAAUGUAAGAAAGUAUAAUAUAACAUAUUAAAUGUAGAAAGAUUUUAAUUUUUGUUUCUUGAUGACUUAAUUAUUAGCAACAAAGUGGUUAAACGUAUACCAUCUAAAUUUUUUUAUAGCCUUCCAUGUUAAGCUAAAUAAGUAAUUAGUUUUAAAAUUGUCUUGUAUUUUCUUAUUCCUAUUCCCUUUACCCUUUGACAACUUGAAAUGUUACCACUUCGUCCUCAUGAUGUUCUUCUAUCAACCUUGCUUAGGAUGAGAACAAGUUGAACAGUGCUAACGGCCAUGAAGAACGUAGCAAAAAACAAAGUUUCUGCCUCCUUGGAAAGCUCUCCAUCUCCUUGUGAUUGGAGUGUGGGUUUCAAGAUUCCAGAAGGUGGGUGUCUUCAUUUUCUAUUUUCAAUGCACUCUAAGAUGACCUGCUUACAGGUUCUCUGAGGCACACCUCAGUUGUUCUUGUGCUAACUUAACUUUGCUUUGAUACAAAUUAAAUAGCUCAUUAAUUUUCCUAAUGAUGUAGAGUUGUCAAAAUGUUCAGAUCUCAAACCACUUACAAAUGGACAUUUUGGUGGAGUAAACAUAUUUUGAAACAUUUCAAUUUACAUUGAAAUAUCUGAAGGCACCUCUAAUUUGGGUUAUGACAGAGGUACAGAUUUCAAGGUUUAAUUGUUAAACCAGUGGGUGAAAUACUGUGAGGAACCCAGAAGUGAGUGGAAAGAUAACUGGCUUUUUUUUUUUUUUAAACUUUCCAAGGAAGGAAGGUCAAAUUGGUUUAAUUGCAUCCUACAGGCUUAUGUAAACGAGCUUAAAAAGGGCAUUUUCUAUUUCAUAAUAGCUUUAAGUGGUUACAGUAAAAUCUUGAAUUGUGAGAGUGAAUUUUACUGCAUUCUUAGGAUCCUUUAUUCUUGUAAUCUUGCCCAUAAAAAGCAAAAUGAUAUGUAUAUUGUGUUUUGAAAAGUAUAAAACAUUCUUAAAUGUAUACAGUAUCAAAAUUGACUUAAACUAAAUUGUUAAUGGAAAAAUUUUAUAUGACAAUUACUAUUUGAUUGUGAACAUGGUGUAACAUAACCUAUAGCCUAUAAAUCACCAUAAUACAAGUUGGUCUGUUAUGUGAAUGGCAGUUAAACUUGAAUUUUUUUAAAGUUCAGGCUUGGUUUUCUACUUAGCAGCAAGUCCUGUUUCUUCUUUCAAGCUGUAGCUGCCUCAGGAGAUGAUUGCAAAUUCUUCCUCUUAAUCCUGUCUCUCAAUUAACUAUCUUCAGUUAACAUGAAGCAAAGGUUGGGAUGUUAAGUCUGGAACUCAGGAAUUGUUUUCCCUAAAGUGUGAUUUUUUUUUUUUUUUGUACCAUUGUACAGUGGUAAAAAUACAUUAACAAAAGAAUAAACAUUUUAACCAUAGAAGAAAGUAUAUAUUGGUUGGUAUUUAAACCAGCACGUAACGGUACAUUUUCCCUCCUCAGGAGAAAAAAAAGCAAGAGCAGAAGUCGUAGUCAUGAGAGAAAAAGAAGCAAAAGUAAAGAACGGAAACGGAGUAGAGAUAGAGAAAGGAAAAAGAGCAAAAGCCGAGAGCGGAAACGAAGUAGAAGCAAAGAAAGGAGACGAAGCCGCUCACGCAGUCGGGAUAGAAGAUUCCGAGGCCGCUACAGAAGUCCCUACUCCGGACCAAAAUUUAACAGUGCCAUCCGAGGAAAGAUUGGGUUGCCUCAUAGCAUCAAAUUAAGCAGAAGACGUUCCCGAAGCAAAAGUCCAUUCAGGAAAGACAAGAGCCCUGUGAGGGAACCUAUUGAUAAUCUCACUCCUGAGGAAAGGGAUGCAAGGACUGUUUUCUGCAUGCAACUGGCAGCAAGAAUUCGACCUCGAGAUUUGGAAGAGUUUUUCUCUACAGUUGGAAAGGUUCGAGAUGUGAGAAUGAUUUCUGAUAGAAAUUCAAGACGUUCCAAAGGAAUUGCAUAUGUGGAAUUUGUUGAUGUCAGUUCAGUGCCUCUAGCAAUUGGAUUAACUGGCCAACGCGUUUUAGGAGUGCCAAUCAUAGUUCAGGCAUCACAGGCAGAAAAAAAUAGAGCUGCUGCAAUGGCAAACAAUUUACAAAAGGGAAGUGCUGGACCUAUGAGGCUCUAUGUAGGCUCAUUACACUUUAACAUAACUGAAGACAUGCUUCGGGGGAUCUUUGAACCUUUUGGAAGGAUUGAAAGUAUUCAGCUCAUGAUGGAUAGUGAAACUGGUCGAUCUAAGGGAUAUGGAUUUAUUACAUUUUCUGACUCCGAAUGUGCCAAAAAGGCUUUGGAACAACUUAAUGGAUUCGAGUUAGCUGGGAGACCAAUGAAAGUUGGUCACGUUACUGAACGAACUGAUGCUUCGAGUGCUAGUUCAUUUUUGGACAGUGAUGAACUAGAAAGGACUGGAAUUGACUUGGGAACAACUGGACGUCUUCAGUUAAUGGCAAGACUUGCGGAGGGUACCGGUUUGCAGAUUCCACCUGCCGCACAACAAGCAUUACAAAUGAGUGGCUCUCUGGCAUUUGGUGCUGUGGCAGAAUUCUCUUUUGUUAUAGAUUUGCAAACACGACUUUCCCAACAGACCGAAGCCUCAGCUUUAGCUGCAGCUGCGUCUGUUCAACCUCUUGCAACACAGUGUUUCCAACUUUCUAACAUGUUUAAUCCUCAAACAGAAGAAGAAGUUGGAUGGGAUACAGAGAUUAAAGAUGAUGUCAUUGAAGAAUGUAAUAAACAUGGAGGAGUCAUUCAUAUUUAUGUUGACAAAAAUUCAGCUCAGGGCAAUGUGUAUGUGAAGUGCCCAUCUAUUGCUGCGGCUAUUGCUGCUGUCAAUGCAUUGCAUGGCAGAUGGUUUGCUGGUAAAAUGAUAACAGCAGCGUAUGUACCUCUUCCAACUUACCACAACCUCUUUCCUGAUUCUAUGACAGCAACACAACUACUGGUUCCAAGUAGACGAUGAAGGAAGAUACAGUCCCUUAUGUAUAUAGCUUUUUUUUUCUCUUGAGAAUUCAUCUUGAGUUAUCUUUUAUUUAGAUAAAAUAAAGAGGCAAGGGUCUACUGUCAUUUGUAUACAACUCCUGUUACCUUGAAAAAUAAAAAUGUUAACAGGAAUGCAGUGUGCUCAUUAUCCCUAACUAGCAAAUCCUACUUUAUGCAAAGCUGUUCUCUUGUUCUGCUGUUUUAAAUGUCCAUGUAGAAAAUGACAUUAAGGAUCUAUAGAAUAGCUCUAGGGGAACAAAUGUGCUUUCUGUAUAAAGGCAGACAGGUAACGUUUUAAUGUUUCAGAAACCUAACUUUUUACACAUCAGUUACAAUUCACAUUCAUGUAUUCGGCUCAUGGUUCAACAAAGGUUUCCAGAAUCCACAGUUAGUGUGUGAAAAGUCUAAGUGGCUAUAGACUGCUUAGCAUUUGAUCUUGAUCAUUUGACAAGAAGGGGAUUUCAAAAUAAUAUUUCUUGAUGGUAAUUUUUUCAAUUAAUGUAUCUGUAAAAGUUUCUUUGUAAAUACUGUAUGUUUUAGUGUGUCUUGAGAUUCCAAACAAAAUGAUCCCUGCAUUUCCUCAAGGUGGCUGAUGUAACAGAUUGAGUAAAGCAGUCUUGGGCAAGAGAUAGGAAAUGCAGAAAUAGGUUUUGUCUGGUUGCAUAUAAUCUUUGCUCUUUUUAAGCUCUGUGAGCUCUGAAAUAUAUUUUUGGGUUACUUCAGUGUGUUUGACAAGACAGCUUGAUAUUUCUAUCAAACAAAUGACUUUCAUAUUGCAACAAUCUUUGUAAGAACCACUCAAAUAAAAUUCUCUGAAAAAGGC